AUGCGUAUUUCUAUCUAUCUAUCUCUCUAUCUAUGCCUAUUUCUAUCUAUCUAUCUAUCUAUGCCUAUUUCUAUCUAUCUAUCUAUCUAUCUAUCUAUCUAUCUCUCUAUCUAUCUAUGCCUAUUUCUAUCUAUCUAUCUAUCUCUCUAUCUAUCUAUCUAUCUAUGCCUAUUUCUAUCUAUCUAUCUAUCUAUCUAUUUCACUCUGUUCAUAUCUAUCUUCUUAAUAAAUAUCUGUAUGAUUGCAACAGGUACUUUUGCCAUCAUAUUUUCUUCGGUCAGAUCUUUCUUUCUUUCUUUCUUUCUUUCUCCUUUUAAUCAUACUUCCAUACUCUUCGGACAUGUCCUACAUUCAUUCUAUCUUUCUUUCUUUCUUUCUUUCUUUCUUUCUUUUAAUUAUACAUUCUAUCAUUUUCUUUCUUUCUCAAAUAUUAACCCGCGACCCCUCUUGCAUUUCUGGCUGGAAAUUCCUUCCUAA